AUGGCCGGCAGCCUAGGCUGGUGGCAUGAUUUUCUACCGCCACACACCACCGUAAGGUGGCUGUGUUAUGUGUGCAUGUACGUGGUGGUGAGCCCAGCCUACUGCCUUUGUGUUCCUAUUAUUUUUGGGAAGAAUAUGAGGGUUGCCACCCUUAACCACCGUAGAACCACCACUGCCGCCAGUGGAAUUCAAGAAGAAGAUCUUAAGGUGUCAAUGGCGGAGGCUUCAACUAAAAAGAAGAAUCGUACAUUUCAUUUUACAAUCAGGUGUUCUAACAGACGUUUUGGGAAAUUCGUUAAGGAAUUUGCAAACAUAUUUACAAAUGAUAUGAAGCAAAAGUCGUGUUGCGAAUGCGUAAAAGAUGAGAAACGGGACAGAGAAGGUGCUAAUACUCAUAAAUCAGAAGCUUACGUGAAGACAGAAGUUGAUAAAAAUGUAUGUCGGGAUAUUUUUUGUAAGACUCAUGUUGACAAACCAAUAUUUUUAUCAUCUUCAGCUGACAAUCUACCACGACCACCAUUAUUUCAGCCACAUAAGAGGCGGUCUUAUCACACGGUGUAUCCUCCACCACCAUCACCACCAUUAUUUCGGCCACAUAACAGGCGGUGGUCUUAUCACACAGUGUAUCCUCCACCACCAUCACCACCAUUGUUAGAUGUUUAUGGUUAUCAUCCGAUGCCUUCGUAUGAUUAUCCUUUUUAUAUAUAG